AUGAUUAUUGAGGAGAUUGGUAAUGACUUUGUCGACACUUUGUCCGUUGAUCCACAGACGCAAUCCGCGUACAAGAAACGCGAGCCUAGCGAAGAUGAAGUGAAUCAGCAGCUCGUUGACGACCUAUUGACACCAAACGCAGAGCUCAGCUGGGAGUUGCUUGACUUGAUACAGGAAAAGCCGCAGGUGGAUAGAGACAGGGUAAUUGACCGACUAGUCAUAAACCCCGGCUCGUUGAACCGGACCAAAUUUAGAUUCAAGAGGACCGGCAUCCACGGGGACAUUUCCGGGUACCAGGAAGAAGUCGAUUUGAAAAAAGUCAACUCGUCGGCUUCGAAUUCGUUGCAUAUUGGUAGAGACUACUCCUCCAAAAGCGAGAGCUUGAGGGGCCAGUCGGGGUUCUUGCCCUUCCAGCCAGGUGGAUUGAUCCAGCAAGCUGCACAGGAUCGUGAAGUCAAGGACAACACGCUGAGCUUGCAUCGGAAUGACUAUGGAUUAUUCGAUAUACCUCCCGGUUUUACUAGAGGAUUGCAAGUCGGUGGUGGUGGUGGUGGUGAUGAUGAUGAUGAAGAAGAAGAAGAAGAAGAAGGGCUCGAUUUGGAGACUGGCGAGGAGAACAUCGACAGCAAUGGUCUUGGACAUGACAUUGUCGAACCCAUGAAACGCCACUCUUUGAACGAUAAAAUCACUUCUGGUGGUGGCGGUGGUGAUUCCAAGGGCACAUCUGAAGAAGUGCCCUUUGACGCAGAGGAAAUCGAGGGACUUGUCCCCUUUGACUAUUCCUCAUUCAAAUACGAGAACAAAAAAUCACUCGAUAAGCGUACGUGGGCUCACGUGGUUGACUUGGACCACAAGAUUGAAGAUUUCAACGAGUUGGUGCCCAACAUGGCACGGACCUGGCCGUUUGAGCUUGAUAUUUUCCAAAAAGAGGCCGUCUUCCAUUUGGAACAAGGGGAUUCUGUAUUUGUUGCCGCACACACGUCGGCUGGUAAGACUGUUGUCGCCGAGUACGCAAUCGCAAUGGCCAAUAGGAACAUGACCAAGUGUAUCUACACUUCACCAAUCAAGGCACUUUCGAACCAGAAAUUCCGCGAUUUCAAAGAAACUUUUAAAGACAUUGAUGUGGGGUUGAUCACGGGUGACGUGCAAAUUAACCCCGAUGCAAACUGCCUAAUUAUGACCACGGAGAUUUUGAGAUCGAUGUUGUAUCGCGGUGCCGAUUUGAUUCGAGAUGUCGAGUUUGUCAUCUUUGAUGAAGUGCAUUAUGUCAACGACAUUGAUCGUGGUGUCGUUUGGGAAGAAGUCAUCAUUAUGUUGCCCGACCACGUGAAAUAUAUCCUCUUGUCUGCCACGGUGCCCAAUACGUUUGAGUUUGCCAACUGGGUCGGCAGAACCAAACAAAAGGAUAUCUACGUCAUCUCAACUCCCAAGAGACCUGUUCCGUUGGAGGUUUUCAUAUCUGCCAAGAAUAAACUAUUCAAAGUCGUCGAUUCCAAUAGAACGUUCUUGGAAGGUGAGUUCAAGGCACAUAGGGACUUGUUGGAGGCUGGAAACGCAAAGAAGGAAUUGCCCUCCACGACAAUGGGUCUGGGAAGCCGUGGAGGUCCUGGCGGAACUGCGAGAGGCGGAAAUCGAGGUGCAAGUGGGAACAGAGGAGGGGGCAGAGGCGGAAGAGGUGGCGGUGGUGGUUCCAUGACAGCAAAUCGCGGGAACUUUUCUGGCCCCAAGAGAUUCGGAAGCGACGGGCCAAAUAAAAAGACCUGGAUAGAUUUGGUUUAUUAUUUUAAGCAGAACUCUUUGUUACCCGCUGUCAUUUUUGUCUUUUCAAAAAAGCGAUGCGAAGAGUAUGCAGACUCCUUGAGGGGAGUCGACUUUUGCAACGCCAGGGAGAAAUCUGAGAUACACAUGUUUAUCGACAGAGCCGUUAGCCGGUUGAAAAAGGAGGAUCGGGAACUUCCGCAAAUUAUGAAAAUCCGCGAUAUGCUCAGUCGAGGCAUCGCCGUGCAUCACGGUGGGCUCUUGCCCAUAGUCAAGGAAUGCAUCGAGAUUUUGUUUGCCAGGACCUUGGUCAAGGUCUUGUUUGCCACGGAGACUUUUGCCAUGGGGCUCAAUUUGCCGACAAGAACGGUGGUGUUUAGUUCCACGCGGAAACACGACGGCCGAGGAUUCAGAAACUUGCUACCUGGUGAAUUCACACAAAUGUCCGGGAGAGCAGGAAGAAGAGGCUUGGAUAAGACCGGUACCGUUAUCGUGAUGGCUUACAACGAGCCGCUCUCCCCCACGGAUUUCAAGGAAGUGGUCUUGAGCGCCCCCACAAAGUUGCUGUCUCAAUUUAGGCUCACGUACAACAUGAUUUUGAAUUUGCUCCGAGUCGAAGCGUUGAAAGUGGAGGAGAUGAUCAAGCAUUCAUUUAGUGAAAACUCGACGCAAGUGCUCUUGCCUGAGAACCAGAAAAGGUACGACUUUCUUAUGGGCCAGAUGAAGGAGGUUGGAAUCGCCAACUGCUCCAAGUGCUCCUUGCAAGGUGUUGAGGAGAGCUGUAAAUUAUUCUUUGACUAUGAACGAAUAUAUGGCCAGUGCGUCGCUGAAAUUCACAAGUCGCCGAUAUUGAAGAUCCAGCUUCUCAGGACGGGAAGGUUGGUUUCUUUUAGAGACAAGAACUCAACCACUCGCAUUGGGUUUGUGAUUAAAUCGGAUACUGCAUCCGAAAGCAUCUUGGUUCUCACUUUUGACCAUGGAGUGGAAUAUGAAAAAUCUGCUCAAGAGUCAACGCUUCCCUAUAUUCCAAUAACAGGUUAUCUUCAGGCCUCCUUCCCCAGGAUCCACUACAACGGCUCGAUGAAAGCACUCACAAUACCCUAUGAGAACGUCAUGUUUAUCAGCAGUUAUCUGCUCAGGGUGCUGUUGAUUGACGUGCUCAACGGAACCCCCCAAGCGGUGAAAGCUGCCGAGGAGCAGAUAAAAACCAUUGUGAGACAUCAGUACUGGUUGGAAGAGAUGAAGUUUAAGCAAAGCAAGCACUUGUCGUUGCACGAGUUGUCUAUGGAGAAAAAGUCCAUCGUGGAAGAGUUGCGCAAGUUGAGAGCAUUCAAAUGUGCAAACUUCAAGCAGCAUUACUCCGAGUUCCGCAAACGCCACCACAUUGCCGAGGAAAUCGAAGGGUUGCAAAGACUCAUUUCGGAUGAAAAUUUGGACUUGUUGCCGGAUUACGAGCAGCGGCUACUGGUGUUGGAGACGCUUGGGUUCAUUGACCCGCAACACAAUGUAGUGCUCAAGGGCCGGGUUGCGUGCGAGAUCAAUGCCGGGUGGGAGUUGAUCAUCACCGAGCUCGUGCUCGACAAUUUCCUCGGCGACUUUGAGCCCUCCGAGAUUGUUGCCUUGUUGUCGUGCUUUGUAUACGAAGGGCGCACCCAAAAAGAAGAGCCGUUGUUGGUGACUCCGCGUUUGGAAGAAGGUAAGAAGAAAAUCUUGACUAUUGCAGACAAGUUGCUCAAGGUGUUUAUUGAGAAACGGGUGCUACUCACGUCGGAAGAAGAGGACUUUGUGGAGAGCAAGAGAUUCGCCUUGGUCAACGUGGUUUACGAAUGGGCCAACGGGUUAAGUUUCAAUGAGAUCAUGCAGAUGAGUGUCGAGGCCGAGGGAACCAUUGUGCGUGUUAUCACCAGGUUGGAUGAAAUCUGCCGUGAGGUGAAGAACGCCGCGUUGAUUAUCGGUGAUUCUAAAUUGCAUUUGAAGAUGGCCGAGGCUCAGGAGAAGAUCAAGAGGGAUAUCGUCUUUUGCGCUUCUUUGUAUUUAUAA